UGUGACUAUGGUGUUUUUAUGCACUGCUUUCACCUGAGGUACAGUUUGAAGUGCCAUUAUAUAGGAACUUGAGCCUCUCCUUCUCACACAUGCUGAUCUACUUGGACUCAACACAACACACCCACACCUUCUCUUCCCUGAGCUAGAUCACGACAGAGAUGCCUCCUCCAGGUGUGUGCAUGAGCAUCAUUAAUGGACGCCACAACAAAGAUGGUUAUGGGACCAUCAGCAACCCUGAGAAGUUUUUAAACCAAGACUACCAUAUGUUAAAAGAGUACUGUCUGAGCCGAAAAGUACGGUACAUUGAUGACAUGUUCCCUCCUGACAUAAGAACAAUUGGAAGCAGCUUACUGAGCCCCUCUGACCUGAACAACAUUGUGUGGCUCAGACCAGCGAAACUCGUUUCCAAGCCAUCUUUUGUUGUUGAUGGGCCCUCAAGGUUUGACUUUGGUCAAGGCAAACUUGGAAACUGCUGGUUUCUUUCAUCAAUGGGUGCACUGACAUUCCAGAAGGUCAUCUUUGAGCAUGUUGUUCCUGUUGAUCAAAACUUUGGUCAGGACUACUGUGGACUGUUCCACUUUAAGUUCUGGAGAUUUGGCAGAUGGGUCGAUGUUGUCAUUGAUGACAAACUCCCAACAAUCAAUAACAGACUCAUUUUUGUACGCUCCAAAGACCCAACAGAAUUCUGGCCCGCUUUGCUGGAAAAAGCUUACGCUAAAGUGUGUGGAUCUUAUUCAGACAUGAAUGCUGGCACUCCUAAUGAGGCAUUGGUGGACUUUACGGGCGGUGUCCACAUUUGUAUCCAGCUGUCAGAACCUUCCUCAAACUUUUGGGAGAUUAUGUUGCGAGCCGGACAAUUCAAAUCACUGAUGGCAUGUGGCACUCCUCAGGGGGAGACAUCUGCCAACACCGUUUUGCCAAAUGGAAUUGUCCAAGGCCACGCCUACACCGUCACAGGUGUUAGACAGGUGAUGAGUCAUGGGCAAGUAGUAAAGCUGGUGCGUUUGUUGAACCCCUGGGGCAAAGGAGAGUGGAAAGGAGACUGGUGUGAUAGGUCACCUGCGUGGGAAACUGUGAGCUCACAAGAUCGAGAUAUGUGCCUUUCUGUUUUUGAAAAUGGAGAGUUUUGGAUGAGCCUGAAAGAUUUUUGUAGAUUCUUUGAUGAUCUUGACAUCUGCUGUCUAUGUCCCGACUUCCUUGAUGAAGAAUCAUCUUGCCAUUGGAAGACGUCCUUCUACGAGGGCAGAUGGCUUGCGGGGAAAACAGCUGGAGGAUGCAUGAAUUUCCCUGAUAGCUUCUGGACUAAUCCCCAGUAUCGAGUGACGAUUGACCAACUAGACACUGCAUGUGGUGCCAAACAAAGAGACGAAAACAUGCUGGUGUCACUCAUGCAAAAGCCGGACAAAAGAAACAGAGCACUAGUCAAGAAUCUCCACAUCGGAUUCUCAGUCUUUGAGGUGCCAGAAGAAAUGAAACCACAAACAGGGAAAUUCCCUGCAUCUUUUUUCAGCAGAAACAAACCUGUCCUACAGACUAAAAAAUAUGUAAACUCCCGUGAAGUGAUGGAGCUCACCACGAUGAAACCUGGCGAAUACCUUAUUGUACCAUCCACCUUUAAGGCUAACGAGACUGCCUCCUUCAUCCUGACAAUCCUCUCCAAGUCAGAGACCCACAUUCAUGAGAAUUCUGGUAGCCCUGACCAUGAACAUAUGGAUGUCGACGAGCACGAAGAGGACAAUGGGGAUAUGAAAAUUGUGUUCCAAAAAGUCUUUGACCAGUAUGACGGAGUGAAUGCUGUGUUGCUUCAGGAACUUCUUAAUGAUAAAAUCUUGGAAGGAGACCUGAAAUUUGGCGGGUUCAACACUGACGCGUGUCGCAGCAUGGUUGCUGUAAUGAGUACACCCACUACUGGCAAAAAACUGAAUGCUGGACAACUGUUUGAUCUGUGGAGGAAGGUUGUCAUGUCUAAGGAUGUUUUCUUUCGCACUGAUGUGUCAAGAAAUGGAGCACUGUCAUUGAAUGAGCUGAAGAAUGCCAUUUUUGCAUUAGGUACAAAGGUCACAGAUGACAUGUUAAAUAUGUUGAUCCUGCGCUAUGGCACUCCCUCUGGACAUGUAACACUGGAGAACUUCAUCAGCUUGGCUGUUCGUCUUAGCUGCAUGAAAAAGAUCUUCAACAGCUUUUCUGAUGGGAUGAGUGUGACACUACGUGAACCCGAGUGGAUGUACAUUUCGAUGUGCAACUAAAACGAAGUCACAUGAUGCCGGAAGAAAACCAAGACAAAGAGGUGCGGCGCCCAGGGAACAAGGGACCACUGGCCCCACGCAGCCAGGCGGGCCAGUGACAGGAACCCCAGAAAUGGGGUUACCGUUCCGCCCAGCAGGGCCAUCAACAGGCUAUAGACAGACGCGCCCGGCAAAGGACAAGGCACGGGAGAAACAAGGGACAGCCAUCCCCCAAGCCGGCGAGAGACCAUACCCCACGCGGGCAAAAAGGCGGGACGCCCCACCCCGAUGGGCCCAGGGACUCCCCACAGCCAGACGGGAAGACCGCCCCCGCCCCACCAGCCCCACGAGAGCACGGCGGGCCCGCACCAGGCCACCCCACCCAAGUCGGACCACACGGGGCCACGGGAAACACCCACCCCACCUGCAGAGACCUCAACGAUGGAGAUGGAACAUCCAGCAACUGCCCUGGUGAAUCCUCCCCAUGAGGGAAGAAAAAAAAA